AUGGCCUACAUGUUCUAUUCCGUCUCCUUGUUUUGCGUCCUUGUCCUUGCUACCGCCGCAUACUUCACCCGGCACCGCUGGAUACACCUCCUUCCUAUUCCCGAACCAAUCUAUACGCGCCUUCCGACCUCCUUCCGCGAUGACAUCGAAGCCGGACUCUCGUCCUCUGCUUUCGAUCUCAGCGGGAACGUAGAAGCCGGAGAUUCACGACAGGGCCUGGAUGAUGCGGGGAAGAAGGAUGUCAUGCGCAUAAUGAAACGGAGAGGGGUAGACUUUGACGAGGCAAGAAGGAUAUACAUGCAAGACAGGUUCAAGAAGAACGGAAUCGGGGCGGAUGGAGUACCACGCGAUCCGAAGUUUGUCAGCUUUUCAUGA